AUGGGGCGAUGGCAGGAGGUCCAUGGGUCACCCCUGGGGGGUCCAGGCUCAUCUCUAUGGGACCUCUCACUGUUUCUGGGCGUUUCUUUCCCCAGAUCUCCUGAGCCCCCGGAGGUGUCAGAGAUCCUCAAGUCAGUGCCUGCAGGGGGGCGAGUCACCCUGAGCUGCCGCAUCGCGGGGCAUUUCCCGGGGGAGCUGAGCGUGACCUGGCUGCAGAAGCGCUCCGCUGGAUCUGUGCCCGUGACCCUGCAGGACUCGGCUGAGCACAGCAUCGACCCUGGCACGGCCGUCCUGGCACCGGACGGGAAGAGCUUCCAGCAGGAGACCAGACUCAGCCUCCCUCAGCAUGGCCUGGGCGCCAAGUACAUCUGCCGGGUGGGACACGUCUGCCUGGGGACCCCCGUCGAGAGGAGCAGCGACUGCCGCCCACGCUGUCCACGCCCUCCACAAGUGGGCCGGCUGUCCCAGCUGCAGCUCCUGGUGCCCGGGCAGGCGGUGACCCUGCGGUGCCUGGUAUCGGGGUUCUACCCCGGGCAGCUGGAGGUGACCUGGCUGCGCAAGGGAGCAGGAGAGCGGGAGCCCAGGCCCGUGGAUGGCUCCGACACCCACAGCAUCCGCACCCCCGCCCCCAGCCUGGCACCCGACGGGGAGUCCUACAGUGUGGAGUCCGAGCUGCGCUUCACCCCAUCGGGGCCCGAGGAUGACGGGGUCGAGUACCAGUGCAGGGUGGCCCAUGAGACCCAGCAGCAGCCAUCGUCCCGAUCCACCGGCCCCCUGCCGCUCCGAGCUCAGCCCCAGGUGUCCCAGAUACAGGUUUUGUCUGAUGAGGAUGCUGCAGAGGAAGCGCUGUUUGCCAUCGACCUAGAGAACUUCUACCCCCAGCACAUCACUCGGAUCCAGUGGUGCUUGGACGGGAAACCCUGGGAAAGGUGUGAGCCCAGCGAGAUCAGCCCCAACCCGGAUGGCACCUUCAUGGCGAGGAGCAUCUGGAAAGUGCCCAGCCGGAGCCUGACCGGCCCGGGGCUGCGAGUGCGAGUGUGCGUGCAGCACGGCCCCAGAGACUCCCCAUUGGAGAGAGAGCUGCGCCUGGGGGACGCCGGCCUCUCUGCACCAACCACAUGAACUGCAGUGCACGAGCCCCCUGCACCCUGCCCACAACCACCAGUGACACCCCGCAGCCUCCCGCCUUGCCAGGACUGCCCCGGGCACACGCUUGUCUGGACGGUUUGGUGAGGGCUGGAGCGGCUGUGAGCAGGGGCUGGACGAGAGGAGGCCUCAGGAGGUCCCUCCCCGCCCCGCUUCCUCAUGAUCCUGCCACAACCGGCUCCGGAGACGGUUUUACGCAGCGCUGGAGCAUUCGCACACAGGACGGGAGAGCAGGGCUGAGCGCUGCCCUCGGGAUCCCGGAUCCCCGCAGGGCUCAGCCCACGGUCUUGGUGUGCCCGGAGAAGCGCGGGGUGGGGGAGCCCGGGGGGACCUGCCCGGUGCCCCCAGCCAGGCCCGGGGUGGGGAAAGGGGCCCGGCGUGACCCGACCAUGAGGGACAUCCCGGGGUCCUACGUGGGGUCGGAGCCGGCGGUAUCCGCAGGGCGCAGCAGCCCCCUCGGCCGCCCCCUCCUGCCCAGCACAGCACAGAGGCCAGGGCCACAGCUCUAAGGCCGGGGCUGGGACCGACAGCCCCCUUCUUUCCUGACACUGGUUUUACCGGCUGCCCUGGGUGGCUGCAAUGCUUCCCUGGCACCAGCUAGGAUGCAGGAAACCUGCAGCCCUCGCUGUGCAGCGGAGCAGAGCUGGGCACUGUGCUCAGGGGGCCAACCCUGCCAGGCGCCGAGUAUGGCCCCCUCCCCGUGGACCGGGUAGGAGUCCCCGGGGGGGCACCCGGGAGCCCCUCGGCCCCUGUCACCUGCUCCCUGGGGGGCUGCGUCCCCCCUCUCCCCACCCGCCGGAAGGGCUGCAGUCAGGGACAGGGGUGCCCGGCCACAGCUCGCUCAUGGGCGCGCGUGGCCCUGCUCAGCACUUUAAGGCGGGGCGGGCAGUUAUUUCACCUGGGGGACACUUAAUGAGUUGUGGGAAGAUUUCGAGGGCUGCACACGUAGCACUGUCAGAAGAAAUCAUUCUCACAAAUUAGAAAUAGAAAACAAAGCAAACACUAAAAAUCAAACGGCUACUUUAACUUUUUAAUUUUAGUUCAAAAAAGUGUUUAUGCUUUGAGGGAUGUGUAUUUGAGCAGUGUCUCUAGAGGUGAUUGCUUUAUAGCUCCAAAGUAAGUCUUACUCCUGUAUAUUGUGUG